GCCUACGGGGAUACCUAGCCAUUUCAGAUCGCCAAAAAUCAAUCUCAAUCAAAAUCGACGACUUCCCUCGCCCCGUCCCCCCGAUCUUCGUCUUCCCCUAAUCGGAUCGGUAAGGCCAUGGACAAAACCACCAGCGUAAUCAGCAGCGCCUCGAUCAACUCCACCGUAACCUCAACGACUUCCAUGGAGAAGAUCAACCAGGCCGCGAGCUGCGUCAGCGCCUCCUUCAUCUCCGCUUUCUUCGCCUCCCUCGAGCGCUGCGCCUGCGUCAACCUCUCCACCUCCCAUGACGACGAAGACGACGACGGCGAGGAAUCCUACCACCGUCCCCUUGCUCUCUCCGCCGCGCCUCAUUCACACGACACCGUUUAAGCUCCGUUUUGAUCUCUCUGGGUAAUUGAAGAUCCUCUCGUGUUUUUUUUUUUUUGCUUCGUGUGUGUGUGUCUCGCAGCUCCCCGGGUUGAAUUCGUAUGUCUGCAUUGUGUGUAAUGUAAUGGCUUAUGGAAAGCUCAGACCUUUUGGAUUGUAAAUGUCAGACGUUGGUUCUGUGUUGUUUCUUCUGUUAUGAUUCUGGAAUGCUUUAUCUAUCUCUGUGUACCUGAUGAUCUUACUUGGGUUUGAAUGAAUACUUAUGUUUGAUGUUUUGAUUUAAAAAAAUGCUGUAAAGUUCCUUUA